AUGGAGGAGUGCAUGAAGGUUGGGCAAUGGGGAGGUAACGCGGGAAGCUACUGGAGCUUCAAGGCGAAUAAAGGUGGGAUCAGUGAGAUAAUAAUUACUCAUGGAGGAGCCAUCGAUUCAAUUCCAUUCAAAAGUGAAGAUGAAGAUGGUGCAUUCGAGUAUUCUGAUAUGUAUGGUGGCAAUGAUGGCAAUCGAACUGACAAGAUAUUGCUCGACUGGCCUAGAGAGUAUUUGACAUCAAUUACCGGUACAACUGGGAUUGUUGGGAAUCAUACUGUAAUCAAAUCACUACGUUUUUAUUCAAAUAGGACCAAGUAUGGACCUUAUGGACAUGAGAUAGGUGAAUCAUUCUCCUUCCUGAUGGAGGGUGGCGUAAUUGUUGGAUUCCAUGGUCGCUCGGGUGCUUUGCUUGACGCCAUUGGUGUCUAUGUAAAAACUUUUAUACCAUCUUGUGCUUUGAGCCCAGGCUUCACAAUGCACCAAAAGUUGGACAAUAAGAUGAACGUGGUUGUACCACGAGGACCAGGGCCUUGGGGUGGUCAUGGUGGGAAGCAAUGGGAUGAUGGAGUUUUUUCUGCAAUCCGUGAAUUGCACUUGCAUGUUGGAGAUUCAGUGAUUCAUGCAAUACAUGUGUUGUAUGAAAACAGAGACGGGAAGCUUGUUUGGUCGCAAAAACAUGGUGGAUCUGGCGGUGAUAAAAUUCAUAGGCUUGAUGAAUCAAGGGAUUUCUUGGUUGGCAUUGUGGGAUUUUAUGGGCCUGUUAAAGGGAAUGAUAGCUUCGAAGCUUUGCGAUCCAUCACAUUCUACACAAACAAUGGCAAAUAUGGACCCUUUGGUGAUGAGAUUGAUAAUGCUUUCACAUCUAGUAUCACCACAGGAAAAGUUGUUGGUUUCCAUGGAAGAAGUGGUGUCUAUUUAGAUGCAAUAGGAGUGCAUAUGGAAUACUUCUGAAUAU